AUGCUUUCCAUCAAUAUUCCAAAGCAUACUACGCCCGAUCAGUAUGAAUUAGGCGAAGUUCCCUCCCUUACUGUGGAACACCCGACCGACAUCUUAAUCAAAGUCCAUGCCGCGAGUAUCAACCCGAUCGACGUCAAGAAAGCGGCAGGAGCAACCAAAGCUGUUCUUAAGGACAGCUUUCCUUACAAAAUCGGCUAUGAUUGCACCGGCACAGUCCUGAAGACUGGAUCCCAGGUAAAGCGUUUCAAAGCUGGCGAUGAAGUUUUUGUUCGAUUGCCAGAAUGUCAUCGGGGAUCUUGGAGUGAGCUGGCGAGAUCAACGGAAGACUUUGUUGCAUUGAAACCGAACACUAUCUCAAUGGAAGAGGCCGCCUCUAUUCCUUUGGCGUGUAUGACGGCACUGCAGGCGCUUCGGGGUUACGAAGGGAAUCUUGAAGGAAAAACUGUCUUCAUACCUGCUGGUCUGGGUGGAACUGGUAUAUUCGCAUGCCAGCUAGCGAAGAAUAUUUUCAGAGCUGGCAAAGUAAUCACCACGGUCUCUACCAGCAAGGUGCCCCAGGUCAACAAGCUCUUGGGUGAAGGGAUUGUUGAUGAGAUCAUCGACUACAAAAAGGCAGAUCCCAAGAAUGUAAUUCCUCCGCGAUCUGUUGAUUUCAUUUUUGACACCACAGGGAGUGCGAUGGAGUAUCUAUCAUUGGUGCGCCCAAAGGGAGCCAUCGUUACGGUUUCCAUACUCACCUCUGGGGAUGUGCUCCAAAACUCUAGCGUUAUGCGACGAUCGCCAGACAAGCAAGACAAGGCAAUCGUGCCAUUCCCUAUCCGUAUUGCCCUAAAUGUGAUGGAUCGGAUCCGAAGGGCGCGUGCAUCUCGCUACGGGGUCAAGUAUUCGUCUAUCUUCUUGGAACCCAACGCGGCCGAUUUAAAUUCCAUCAGAGAAUGGGUGGAAACAGGAAUGGUGAAAACGAUUGUGGGAACAAAAGCCCACUUCAAGAACAUUGAAGCGGUCAGAAAUGCAUGUCAAGUGGUAUAUGAUGGGAAAGGAGGUAUUGGAAAAUCCGUGAUUGUGUUCGUCUGA